AUGUCCCAAUCAUCUCAUGAUGUCCCGCAAUCGUCUCGCGCUCUCAACAGUGCUGCCCCCGAGGUGGCUCCUAACGAUCCCAAUGCACGUUUCGAGUCCCCAAGCGAUGUUGUUAAGCUUUCAAACUUAUGCAAAGACUGUCAGACGUUUCUUGGGAACUUGUCACGUGUGAAAGCUGCACAAGGAUUACAUCAGGAAUAUGAUCUAGAAAAUUCAAUUUCUCUCGGCUGUCGACUGUGUAAAUUGUUUCCGGGAAAAGGAUACACGCCAGGACGUACCUAUAAGAGAGAUUUGGACCCAUAUGGUCAUGAUGAAUGGCAGAUUUUGUUUCGGAAAAGUGGCUAUAACUUGCCCACAGUUAUUGGUGUUGUCAGAGAGCGUGAGUACUUGCUACCUGCAUUCGAAGAUAGGCUAUCUAACAAAAAGCACGUAGAGAAUUUAUCGUCGUCAUUUCAUAAGAUUCCAGCAGCCAUGGAUUCGGAAGAAAACUUUGUCCUUGUCAAACAGUGGCUUGAUACGUGUGUCAAGAUAUAUGCUUGCUCAGUUAGCCCCACUGCAUGCAAACUUCCAACCCGGCUUCUCUACUUGGACCCUUCCAAUAACCAGGUUCGGCUUAUCAUUAUGGAUACAGAUUCGAAAAUCGUGGAAUACUUAACACUGAGUCAUUGCUGGGGCUCUGUUGGUGCUAGUGAUAUGCCAAAGUUGCAAAAGCAUAAUAUCCAGCAAUUGAUGCAGCAGAUUCCAUUUAAUUGGUUAUCUAAAACCUUCCAGGACUCUAUACUUGUUACCAAACGACUUGGUUUUCUUUAUCUAUGGAUUGAUGCAUUGUGUAUAAUACAGGAUAGCCCGGAUGACGUAGGUUACUGUUUUCUGCACAUGCUAAAUCUCUUUGAAAAUAAAAUGGCGAAUAAUUAUUGGUUGACACUUUGCUAACAAUUUUCUUCGCAGUGGCUAAGAGAGUCAAGCACAAUGUGCGACGUUUAUCGGGGAUCAACACUGAAUAUUGCGGCAACUGCCUCAAAAGACGGUCAUGGAGGCUGCUUCAGGUCCAGGGCGCCUGACCGGCAACCCAAGCUACUCAGACUUGAAUUCGGGGAGUCAAUCUUCGGUUUUUUUGACACAAAUACAUGGAUAUAUGGCGUGGAGAGAGCGCCACUCUCACAAAGAGGAUGGAUUUUGCAGGAGAGAUUACUUGCCCCCCGCACUCUACACUUUGGAGAAACUCAAAUCUUUUGGGGGUGUCAAGAGUUGCAUGCCUGUGAGACACAGCCACAUGGAUCUAAGGCCCUCUAUCCAUCUAAGGGUCUUCACUAUGAAGACGGGAUUCCGCUGAUCAAGGGUAGCCCUUCUGGCAUAGACUUUUGGGAGAACACAGUAAUGAGAUACUCGCAAACUUCCCUUACCAAGGAGAGCGACAAACUCCCUGCUAUAUCAGGAAUCGCGAAACUUUUCCAAUCACAUACGAACGACCGCUAUCUCUGUGGUCUAUGGAGAAAAGAUAUUGAGAAACAACUUCUUUGGUACAUAAGUGGAGAUAAAAAAGCUGAUACUUAUCGGCCACAUAUUUACAGAGCUCCAAGUUGGUCAUGGGCUUCGCUUGAUGGUCUCACAACCUUUUGGUAUUGCAGAGCUGUGAAAUGUAUAAAAUUUGCUGUUACUGAUGUCAGUAUCGUGCCUUCUGGCUUGGACGAAUUUCAGGCAUUGAGUUUGGAUCACUUCGUGUGCGCUGCGGAUCUUUGCGAAUUUGCCAAAAUGUGGGGUUGGAAAAUGAUUUCAUAUGUCAUUUCGACACCGAUCUCACAUCGCUCAACUUGA